AUGCCGGCAGGGCUGGGGUCCUGCCUGCUGCUGGCAGUGGCCCUGCUGAGCCCAGGUCCCAGGGCCCACGCCAUGAAAGGCGUCAAAUGCGGGGGUGUGCUCUCAGCACCUGCCGGAAACUUCUCCAGCCCCAACUUUCCCAGACUGUACCCCUACAACACGGAGUGCAGCUGGCUGAUCGUGGUGGCCGAGGGCUCGUCUGUGCUGCUCACCUUCCACGCCUUCGACCUGGAGUACCACGACACCUGCGGCUUCGACUUCCUGGAGAUCUACAACGGGGCCUCGGGGGAGCAGGGCAACCUGCUGGGGAGGUUCUGCGGCCGGGUGCCCCCGCCGCCCUUCACCUCCUCCUGGCACGUCAUGUCUGUGGUCUUCCACUCGGACAAGCAUGUGGCCAGCCGCGGCUUCUCCGCAGGCUACCAGAAAGAUGUGUGCGGGGGCGUCCUGACCGGCCUUUCGGGGGUCCUCACCAGCCCCGAGUACCCCAACAACUACCCCAACAGCGUGGAGUGCCGCUGGGUGAUCCGGGCCGCCGGCCCCGCCACCGUCAAGCUGGCGUUCGUGGACUUCCAGGUGGAGGGCAGUGAGGAGUGCACCUAUGACUACGUGGCUGUACUCGGGGGGCCCAGCCCCACCCACGGGCACCACUACUGCGGCAGCACCGGGCCCCCCACGCUGGUGUCGCUGGGCCACGAGCUGCAGGUGGUCUUCAAGUCUGACUUCAACAUCGGAGGCCGGGGCUUCAAGGCCUACUACUUCUCAGGAGAGUGCCAGGAGGUGUUCGUGGCUGUGCGGGGCAACUUCUCCAGCCCGCAGUACCCCGGCUCCUACCCCAACAACAUCCGGUGUCACUGGACCAUCCGCCUGCCUCCUGGCUACCGGGUCAAGGUCUUCUUCCUGGACCUGGAUUUGGAAGAACCCAACAGCCUGACCAGGACCUGCGACUUUGACCAUCUGGCAGCCUUCGAUGGGGCCAGCGAGGAGGCGCCCCUGCUGGGGAGUUGGUGCGGCCACCACCUGCCGCCGCCCGUCACCUCCAGCCACAACCAGCUCCUGCUUCUGCUGCACACGGACCGCAGCACCACCCGCAGGGGCUUCUCUGUGGCCUACAUUGGAGUGGUGCCCAUGAACGUGAGCUGCUCCCGCACAGACUUCCAGAUCCUCAUCUCGGCGCAGGCGCUGGCCCCGCUGGAGCGCACCAAGGUCUACCUGGGCAGCCGGAGCUGUGCCGCCCAGGAGGUCGGUGGCAACUUCCGGAUCCAGGCCCGCUUUGACACCUGCGGCACCGAGUCUCAGAGGAGAAACAACACGGCGGUCAUCGUCAGCGUGCUGUACAUCGACUUCUCGGCCGCCGGGCGGGAGGACGUGCACGAGUACGAGGUCCUCUGUGAGCCGCGCCGCAAGGAGGCGGCCGUGCACCUGCUGUCCGGCUCCCACUGGCUUGGGCCCUACGCCGCCACUGCCGAGCACCUGCAGGAGGCGCCGCCCAGGGAUGAGGCGGAGGUGCUGGAGGGCUCAGGGACCGUGGUGGCCCAGGACACCAGUGACAUCAUCUUCCUGGGCCUUUGCAUCCUGGCCGGAGCCCUCAUGAUCAUCGCCAUCGUGGUCCUGAUGCUGCUGUGAGCGAGCAGG